AUGACUGCUCGCGGGCUGGUGCACGGAACGGUGGACUGGCGCUCCAGUCGUGCCUUCUUCUUCGCCCGCCUCUCUCGUCGUCUGCUCGAGCUGGAAGCUGUCCGGCUCUUGCGCCAGGCUCAGAACCCCCUGAACACCAUUGACUCCGUGGCUGGUCUGAUGCCAGGUGAUCGAGAAAAUGAGGAGGAGGGCGAGACGGAGAUGGAGGUGUCAGAAAGGGUGCGAGGCAGCCAUCGAGACCGGGACAGAGUGUCCACCCGUUUGUGGUCCCGGGCCGCUGACUGUCGACUACGGACGACGAGCGAGUGUGAACCGGCCGCGCCCCGUAUGCCCUUAGAGGUUCUCGGAUUACCUCGAUCGGAAUUGCCGAGUUUCCCACUCUCCAAGGAACUCCUGACUAACCCGGAGUCUCAUCUGCUCUCCGAUGCAGAGCGGGCGUGCUAUCUCAUUGCUCAAAUCGUCCUGAUCAAAAACCGACAACACGGCCGACCCGUGGCUCAAGGGUUAGAACAUUCGCCUCUGGCCGGAGAGACGCGAGUUCGAAACUCAAGCGUGGCGGCAAUUUCCGUUGCUACACUGGAGUUGACCUACCACCACCUGAUGAAGCCCAAAAAGGCGGAAAACCUCCGUGGCUGUGGUCUUCGUUUGUCGGUAAAAUAUUGA